AUGCCCCGACACUCGCGGAGCCGGGACAGUCGCGAUACUAGACGGGAAGAGUCGUAUGGACGUGACCGCCGAGACUCCGAUCGCCGUCGGGACGACUACCGCAACCAACCUCGAGUGACACUCACCGAAGCUUCGUUGGACGACCUACUAGCUGAACUAGAAGGCCGUGAAGCUACUAAAGGCAGCGUGAGCGCUCGGAUGAUGAAGGGGACUCAUACGUCGACGACACAGAGGACUACGGAGGAUAUCAAUUCGAUGGAGCGCAGCAAUACUUCAGGAGUCGAUAAUGACCGAUAUCUCGCUGCAGCCAAUGAGAGUGAGUGA